AUGGGAAAGAAAGAGAAGGAGGCGGCCGAGGAAAAAGCAUCUCGCUCGUCAUUGUUCUCACGCUCCAAGGGCAAGGACAAGGCAGCAGCGCCCGCAGCAAACCCCUACGCUACUCAAUCGACUCCCGAUCCUUAUGGCGCCAAACCUGCAGACCCAUAUGCCAACUCGUCAGCUGCUCCUCCUGCUUACGACAGUCGCUCUACCAUUUCCACAAUGAGUGAGAAGUCUCCUGUCCCGCCUGGUGGUUAUGGUGGUAGCGCACCACGAUAUGGAGGUUCUGGAAACUACGCACAACAGAGUGGAUACGGCAGCAAUCCAUAUGGCAGCGAUCAACCACAGACCUCUCGCUACGGUGCUGGAGGAUAUGGUGGCCUUGGACGACGACCCAGUUUGGACACUAUCAGCACUGAUGGUGGAAAAGCAGCCCUCUUUGGUGAUGCUCCCAAGAGACAACAAGAGCAACAACAACUACAAGCCAGCCAAGCCGCACAAGAACCCUCCUCUGACAACAGCUACGCAAACAGUGGCAUGUCUGGAGGUUAUGGAGGAAGCUCCAGCGAACUUUACGGCCAGCCCGACCGCUACCUGACAGCCGAAGAGCAAGAGGAGGAAGACGUCAAAGCAGCCAAAGACGAGAUCAGAUUCAUCAAACAACAAGACGUGUCUUCGACCCGCAACGCUCGCCGUAUUGCCGAACAAGCAGAAGCCACUGGUCGCGAGACUCUAGCUCGUCUGGGUGCCCAAGGCGAGCGCAUCCAUAACACAGAGCGCAACCUCGACAUGGCAUCACACCAAAACAGACUCGCUGAGGAAAAGGCACGCGAGCUCAAGACAUUGAACAGAAGCAUGUUUGCUGUACACGUCUCCAACCCUUUCACCGCAAAGAAGCGCGAGGAGGCUGCCAAUGCAAUUGCGCUCGAGAAGCACAGAGUAGAAAGAGAGCGUGCAGAUGACACGAGAGCAAAUGCCUGGUCUACAACAGCACGUCACCAAGGCCAGGAAAGGUCUAUGCGCAAUCUCGGCAAGACACACGACAAAGCCACUCUGGCCAACAGAGCCAAGUACCAAUUCGAGGCCGAUAGUGAAGAUGAGGCUAUGGAAGGUGAGAUUGAACAGAACCUGGACAUUAUCCACAGAAGUGCAAAGACAUUGCAUGCAUUGGGCAACGCUAUGGGCGAUGAGCUCGACGAGCAGAACAAGCACAUCAACCGCAUCAUCGGAAAGACCGAGACCGUCGAUGAUGAGAUUGCUAUGAACAGAAUCAAGCUCAACAGGAUCAGAUAG